GUGUCGGUGGAUAAAUUACUACAAUUUGCUUAAUAGCUAAUAGACUCAAAAUUACUGGUAUGCUCUUACGAUUCGCUCACGAUGUCCGUAUAUGCGAUGAUACUGCCUCUCAUCUUCUUGGGAUUGUUAGGAACCAUAUUUGGAAAAGAUAUCAAAGGCUCAGCCUUUUGUGAAUUUUACAAUGAAACAAUGUGUGCGGAAUCUCAACAAGGAUGUUCAGGAAAAGAAGAAUGUAUCCUGCAUGAUCCAGAUAAACGUAAUCACUGUUACGUGCUGUGGACAAUCGACAAUGUUACUAAAAAAUCAAUAAUUAAAUUGAAGGGCUGUUUUUUAGAUAGCAAUGAUUGCUAUGAUAAGCCAGAUUGCAUCGAGGAUAAUCCAGAACGGAAGAAGGACUUAUAUUUUUGUUGUUGCGAUGGUAACAUGUGUAACCAAAAUUUCUCCUGGAAUCCACAUCCGACUUCAUCAAAGCCUACACAACCAUCUGUUAUUCAUGAAUUCGAACCUGUGCCCAACACGAAGCAACAAGCCAUAACUCUUGCUCUAUUAAUAUCGAUUCCUAUGCUCCUUACGUUUGGCUCAUUCUUUUUAUGGUGGUUGUAUCGUCAUCGAAAAUUGGGCUACUUCAACGAGGUGCCAACUCUGGAACCUCUUCCAAUGCCACCACCGUCGCCGACUCUUGGAUUACGACCGAUAAAACUCCUUGAGAUUAAAGCUCGGGGUCGUUUCGGAGCAGUUUGGAAGGCCGAAUUGAAAAAUGACAUUGUUGCAGUCAAGGUUUUUCCUGUUCAAGACAAGCAAUCUUGGCAAACUGAGCAGGAGAUUUUUAAGCUUGCACACAUGGACCACGAAGACAUACUGCGCUUUAUAAGUGUCGAGAAGCGCGGGGAUAAUUUACAAGCUGAAUUCUGGCUAAUUACGGCGUACCACGAGAGAGGUUCAUUGUGCGAUUACCUGAAAGCUAAUAUUGUCACAUGGCCUGAAAUGUGUAGAAUUGCGGAGUCUAUGGCAAGAGGUUUGAUGCAUCUACAUGAGGAAAUCCCAGCUAACAAAGCCGACGGUUACAAACCAGCUGUAGCUCAUAGAGAUUUUAAGUCAAAAAACGUUUUACUGAAGGCUGACAUGAGCGCCUGUAUAGCGGACUUUGGCUUGGCACUUAUUUUUUACCCGAACAAGCCUUGUGGUGAUACACAUGGCCAGGUUGGAACACGAAGAUACAUGGCACCGGAAGUGUUAGAAGGGGCAAUAAAUUUUACUAGAGACUCAUUCUUACGGAUCGACAUGUAUGCUUGCGGAUUAGUGCUAUGGGAAUUAGCUUCGAGAUGUACCAUACAAGAUGGACCAAUAGGAGAAUAUCGAUUACCAUUUGAGGAUGAAGUCGGCCUUCAUCCGACUUUAGAAGACAUGCAAGAAAGCGUUGUUCAUAAAAAAGAAAGACCGCUCAUAUUAGAAACUUGGCGUAAACAUCCAGGACUUUUAUCAAUUUGUGAUACAAUGGAAGAAUGUUGGGAUCACGAUGCCGAAGCACGCCUUUCCGCCUCGUGCGUAGUGGAACGAGUUGCUACCCUUAGUAGAACUCUUGUAUUAAACUCAUCUACUUUGAUUCGAGUUGAUAAUACCAACGAGAUUAUUACUACCAAGGAGUCUAAUUUUCAUUGCUGUUUGGGUAGGUGGCUCCACCUUACGGAUUUCUACCUUGCGGAUCACAAGGGAGCAAAGCCUUUUUACAUUGAACAUAUUCAAUUGGGUAAUUAUUCGAUCAAGAAUUGAUUAAAAUUUAAUUAUCAAUGCUACUGUAAAUAAAUUUUUUUACAUUGAACAACGGUUAUAUUUUAGAAACAUUGUUUCUAAUUAAAUCUAAUUUUCACUGAUCUUGAUAUCUAAGAAAUUAAUUUAUCUUCAGUAUAUCAAAAAAAUAAAUUUGUUAAUAUAAAUCACUGUACUCGAUAUCAAGUGACAGAUAUAUAUAUAUAUUUUAGAAGUUUGAAAAUUUGCUGAAGUGACUGUCUACAAUUAACAAUAUGCAGAAGACUUCCUCGAGUUUUAUUAUGAGAGAAAUAUAAUACGACAAAUAACCAAAUGCUUUUGUUAUAAAAUGAUCAAUAUACUGGGAUAUUAACAAAUGCUGCUAUGGCAACGAGUUAGGAUAAAGAUGUGAUCACUGUGUAUCCUUUGGAAUAAAAAAUAUAUAGUAGUAAUAUUAUUUUUUUUGUCAGUUUUGCUUUUAUAUACGAAUUCAUAUAUAUUAACAAAUUCUUAUUUGAUAAAUUUAUUUUUAUAUUUCUAAAAGCCUGAAAAAGUAAUUACGACAUUUAAAACGCGCACAAUGUACAUACCUGCAUAUGCAUACAUAAUAUGUGCCACUGACAUUCCUCAUUGAUUAUCGAUACUGUGCGAUGAUUAUCUUGAUCACAAAAUAUAUAUACCAAAUAAAAUUCAGCGAAUUUUUCCUGUAAAGCCACGUCACACAUCAUUAAAAAGUGGGUAAUAUAAUCCUAUUACGUCAGGACUUGAACGUUAUCGUUAUCUGCACCCGAGAUGAGAUCGAAAAGAACUAAAAAGUGGCCGAUGAACAGGAUGAAGAGCUUCACACUUUUUGUUUUUCAACACCUGAGGGUACAUUGAUCGAUAAUAGCUACACAUAUCGUAGCUUAAUGCGUAACGAUUGGAGCCGUGGAUAAUAAUGUACAGUCGAUUUUAACAUUUAAUCCUCGGAUACAUAGGCGAUGGUAAUGUUCAGGUCUUGUUAUUACAAAGUACCUGGUAGAUACAAUCGAAUUAACAGAAUGAAAUUUAUUAGAUCUUUUUUUUGCAUGAAAUGCAUAUCUUAAUCAACUUGAAUUUUACAAAAAAAAACGCUGCAGUACAUGUUUAAUAUUUCACGCAUAGGAUAUUAAUCAUAAAUUUUACGUGGCUCUAAUAUAUAUUUAAUAUAUUAUAUGAUAUUUACCUUAUAUUUAUUUUUUUUAUUGAAUAAUGUGCAUUUGCAAUUUUCCAAUACACGUUAUUAGCUUAAUGUUAUAUUUAAUAUAAAUAUAGAAUAUUUGGGACAUUUCAUUUAUUAGUAAAACUAAUUAAUGCAUACAUGUAACACACGAUAUAAGAUAAUGUAGAAUGUAAAUUAUUCAUAUUUGCCAACAACGUAUCAUGGUGCAAUCUAUCGAAAAGAAUGGUAAAAAGUAAGUGUUUUUAUUCCAGAACUCAAAGUAACGAUUUCAAUAUAAAUCUAUUAAAAUACUGAAAUAUCA